GUUCAGACCCCUUAUCCAAAACUCAAUCCGCGAAAAUGUUGAUUUUAUAUUUGCACACGCACACCAAUAAAAAUCGUGCACGCAGAAACGCACUCUCUCUUUUUUUCGUAACGCGCGAACUGUCAAACAUUUUCGUUUGAACUUUUCAGUCAGUUGGAAAAAAAUGUUGAUUAAAUUUUGUGCUUUGUUCGGCAGAUUACAGGUUUCGUUUUUUUGCCCUCGAAGACGGAACGGCAUCGCAACUCCUUCCGAAGCCGGCUACACAACGGGAACGCGCACCACCGGCGAACAAAACGGUCAACAUGGACAUCUGAACGAGUCCUUGAACCGACCCAACGGUGGCCUCUCUCGCCUAUCCGUCGUCAGGACACUACACGUGCGGAAACAGGUUCGUUGGACCGAGAUUCAUCGAAGAGGAACCGUAGUGGAUUGCCACCGGCUGAGAACGAGAAGCAGGCAAGCGGACGGAAUCAACGCGAACAACUUUGAGGAGUUUACGAAGAUUGACUCAAUUUUGGGGCACCGGCAUCAGUUACGCCCAAUCCGGAUCGCGCUUCAGCUGGUGGUUCCGCCGUACAAACAGUCCAGCGGGUGAACUUUCGCCAGACGUUCCUGUCAAACAACGAAGCUUUUAGCAACAGUUGUCCCCAGCAGCAGCAGCAGCAGAACCAGCACCAGCAGCGCGGGGUUGCGUCACUAGGGGCAUCAAUCCGUAGCGUACGGCAGCCGUGGCUUCCACCCGUCGGAGUCCUACGAUCUGCAGCAACGCGUUCAAGCGCCUGGUCAAACUGGUGACUCAGAACCGUGCAUGCAACAACCUACUGGCCCAGCAACAGUAGCUGAUGCAGCUGCUCACCAAGAACCAUCAGAGCGAAAUCUUGUGCCGCAUGCUGAUGAAGAACUCCAUGGACAACGUCGUGGCCGACACAAACCAACAGGAACAGCAGCCGGCAAGUCAACACCCGCGCAUUCCAACCCCGCAAGAGCUCCAGUUCAACAUCCAGAGAAGAACAGUGCAAGAUGCUGUACGAGCAGGCCUCCGAACCGGCCGUCCAGCAGUUUAUCUAGUCCGUCUACCUCAACAUCCAGUGCAGUUUUUCAUUGUUGAGCCGCCGGAGCGAAACAAUUCUCCCCGCCGUCAGCUGCCAACUUAAUGUUCCUCGGCAGAUCAACCGCGGCCAAGGUGUCCAACAUGCUGCAGCAAAUGCUGCAUCUCUCGCAACCCCAGGGACGUUACGAUAGUCAAUUACGAAAAUGAAAACUACACAGCUACAUAAACACAAAUAUACCAAACAACAAUAAUACUAGUAUUCUCAACCACAAAAAUACAAUGAUACAAAUAUAUAAAAAUUCAAAUAUUAAAAAAUAUGCAACACAAAACUAAUAAAAUACAUAUCAACAAAAAUAAAAAAUUACAAAAAGUGAAGGUAUAAGAACAAAUCUACAAAAAUAAUCAACUAAAAACAAACUCAUAAAAAUACUGAAGUACAAAUAUACACAUUACAAACAAUACAAAAAAUUAAAAAUAUAAAAACACAAAAAAUACAAAAACAAAACAAUAC